CGCCAAUGUACAAGUCACGGAAAGCCAAUUUGUUGACAAACUUUCAUUAAAAAUAUACGUGAAUUGCCGGAUCUUUGAAAGCAAUGUUGCAAAAUGACACCAUAUACGUUUUUCUUUAAUACCAUGCUUUUGAUGUAACUGAUCAUGCUGGAAUCUGCUGACAGUUUUUUGCAAGCUGAUCUACUGGUGCAGUCAGCACUCAAGGGCUCAAAAGGCAUUGGGACGGAGGCAUCAUUUGAUAGUGGUUACAGUACAUCACCAGCAAACCCAGUGCCAGGUUCAUCAGGAGCUGGAGACAUGAACCCUAAGAUGACGACAGUCAGCCCCUCUAAAAACCCUUUCAGGGUCAACACGGACUCCAACCAAAGCAUCAUAAGCCCUAUGAAGUCAGGAUUUGGUGCCAUAUUUAGUCCAUUUAAAGAUUCCUCUCUGAGCCCAUUCAAACUUUUGCAAAGCCCCUCCAAGGGUACCUUUGAUGAGUGGGAGAAAGACUUGUUCGCCAACUUGGAUGAAAAUUUGUUUGGCAUGGGUGAUUUAUCAGAAAAUAUUGUGGAUGAACUGUUGAAAUCCCCACAGGGCAAACUUCUGCUUGAGAGCAAGAAUAGUCCCUCUCAUGUGGUAAGAAGGUUGAGAAUCUCGCCUGAUAACCGACACAAGGGGCAGAAGUUUCAAUCAUUGAACAGUACAGAUCUCUUCAACAUUGAAAGUGUUGUGAAAACUGAGCUGAUGGACACAAACUUUACUAGUUUGCGAGUGAAAGAUGAGAGUACAAUUCAUGAUCACAUGUAUGGACAACAGACUGUUAUUGAUAUUUCUAAUAGUGCAAUAGAUCGGAACAAAAUGAGUGAUACACCGAUGAAACCUCGAUUUUCCAGUAUGGAAAACGCACCAAUUCGUAAAUUGUCGAUGAGGGCAGUUGGUUCAACAGAAGUUAAUGUUCAGCAUGUUGUUAAUGCACCUGCAAAUAUAACACCAAUUCUUCAUCUCCCUCAAACUUGGCCAUCUAAGGAUAAGCUGAAAUUUGCAAGAAUGCAGUUUAAGCAAGUACUGAAUGACGCUGUUGAAAGGGAGUUAGCAUUUAAAAGGGAAAAAAAGCGUUUGAAAAGCAAAAAAGUUGUAAAGAGCAUAGUCGAAGAAAACCGGAAACAACUAGGUAAUCGUUUGAAAAUGCAGAGUGGCAAGUGUAAUAAGAAAGGGAAUAUUGAGAAAAGUAAAGGCAAAAAGGUAAAAGCAUACAAGAAAAAAAAGAAAGAUACUUACCCUGAAAUAAAGAUGGCAUUGACAAAGACCGGUGUCCGCCAUCAUCCACAGGUUGUCCAUAGGGAGCCGUCCCCAUUGCCCCCUCGCGUUCAGACAUAUGAAGACCCAGGAUGGUAUCCGAGUGAUGACGAAGAUGUCGUAGAACCAUGGAAUGGUCCACCACCAUUUUACACCCAAAUGAGUUCUGGUUUCUAUAGCGAUGAGUCUUCAGAGGCAGAAGAAAGUGAGGAGAAGGAAGAAACAGAAAGAUACAGCUACGAAACAUUAUCGGGACGUCGGGUCACUUUAAAGAGACCUAGAUUGUAUUAAGGGCAUUUUAAGGUUGUUAAAAAUUUAACAGGACAAUAUGAAAGUCAUGUGAUAUGUUUGUUUUUAACUGUGGACUGAUGAAUUGUCUUGUGGAAAUAUCAAUCAGGAGUAUUUAUUUUUUCGCAUGAAAUAUGGUGGUAUUUAUUAAAACUGAAUGAAUUUGUUAACAGGCCUUCUUGUCAAGAUUCCUAGCAGCAGUUGUUUUUCCUGAUUUAAACAAGAUGUAACCCUAACCACAAAAUGACAUUUUGGGGAUAGGAGAGGGUUAAAAAAUACAUAAGAAAUCGCUCCUAAUAUUCUUGAUAAAACGGCUUCUGGAAGUUUAAAUUGUCAUUUUUAAAAACAGAUGUUGCUGUUUUACUGUUGUAAUAUAUAAGUGUAUAUUGUUAUUUCAUUCCCAACUAGUGCAGUGCAUUACUGAUAGGUGUAUUUUGAUAUGUAAAAUAGUUAUACAUGUACGAAUGUUUUUGCAUAUACAUGUACUAGUAUAACCCAAAAAUAUAGUUUGUGAAUGAAUGAUAUUUAUGAAUAAUGUGUUAAUGUUAAACUUCUAUAAAUCAACAAUGUUUUUGUUUCUUUUAUAAAAUUAAGUUAAUUCUUAUUUUAAUACCAGGUACCUAAAUUAUUUCUUUCCGAAGAAAGCAAAAAUUAUAAUGAAGAUUUUCAAUGUGCAAUAUAUGCCAGUGUUUUUUUCUCUAUUUGAAAUGGAGUAAACAUUUGGCGCCAUUUACAUUAAUUACAAUUUAAAAAAAUACAUAUUUUUUUUCACAAAAUAUCAUUAAUUUUCACAAAUCUGAAAGUUAGUAUAUUUUACGGUAUUUUUAUUAAAGGACUUCGAAAUUCCUCAUUCAGUUCCCUGUAUAAAAUUCAUAGAAAGCAAUAUCAUCAACUCUAUUUCUAUCACUUCUUUUUAUAUGUAAAUCAUCUAUUAAGUUUUCUUUACAACAGCCUUUAAAUUCAACAAUAAACUGACCUAUUUUCUCAUAGUAUUGCAGAAGUAGAUUGUUGCAUGUAUACUAGGCUACUGUGUGAUAUCAAGGUAGAAAAAAGUGUGUUAUAUGGAUAUUCUGUCGGAUGUCCAUUUUUUACGUUCAAAUCUUGCAGUAUUUUGGGCAGUAAAUUUAAUAGGUGUGAAAAAGAUCACGUUAUGUAAAUGUAGGCUUUGGGGAACAGCGAUUUAUAUAAAAGCUUGGUGAGGGUUAUUUUAUUUUGUGAAAAUUUGCUAAAUCUGCUGUUAAAAAGAUAGAAAAAAAAACUUGAAUGUAAAACGUUAUAGUAUAGAAAGUUGUAUUUUUUUCUUGUUGUAAAUGCGCAUUGUAAAUUGUUAUGUUUGUGACCGAAAUUUUAUUUUAUUUAUUGUCACGUUUUGUUAUGGGAUUUUUUGUGUUUAGCUUAGCUUCUGUAAAUACUAGGUUUGCAACAACAGAAAAUAGUAAAAAAAAAAAAUGGAAAAAGUUAACAAUAUUAAAAAUACAAUCUUGAAUAUAUACAAUAGGCCAUACUGUAUCAACCUUUCAGGGACUCGCUCAUGUUUUUGGACCAAAAAUUAGUUUUCCCGAAUAUGAUUCUGAAAACACAUUUCGAAGGCAUUGAUAACAUCACUUGAUUAACCCUUUAGCACAUAGACAAGUGGCCAGAUUACACCUCCCAGUCAAUAGCCAUCUUACUGAUAAGCAGUCCUUAUCUGCAUAGGUACUUUUCUGGAUAUUUGAAAAUGAGAAAAUGAAUACAGCAGUAUGACCUUAAAAUCAAUGUUACUCCAAAUAAUUGUGUCCAAAUCUUUUUUAUGUGAAUUCAUUUUUUAUAGAUAAUUAAAUUAUCUAAUAAAUGGUGUCAAUGAUGAAAUAUUAAAUUAUUUUAUUUCAGCUGUGAAUGUAUUUUCAAGAUGGAUUUGUAACAUUUCUUUGAAAUGUCAUAAUUGCAUUAAAUCAAAGGGUAAUAAAAUGCUGGGAUCGAUCUAAUUUUUAUUACCCCUAUCAUAAAAAAGACCCAUCUGGAAUAAAAAGCCGACAAUUUAUGUUCUUGUGUAUUAAUACACAGAAAUAUGCCAGGAAUAUCCGGUGUCAUCCGGCUGAGAGAUCCAGUCCAAGGUGUCUGUUUAACUUUAUUACCCCCUCAUAAAAUUGUUUACAAAAAAAGAAAGCCGAUAAAUGAUUUUCCGGUAUGAAUAAAAAGAUCUAGAUCAAACAAAACGCUUGCACAUGACCUAUUUUACAGCCAAAACUAUGAUGGACAUUAUAUAAGCUUCACAGAAAAUUUACCCAUCAUAUUCUCAUUUACUAAUUGUUUCUUUUGUUUGUAAACAAAAUAUUACCUUUAAGUAAAUAUAAUCUCAAUUGAUUUUAAUUGUAAACUGAACUGACGUAAUAUAUUUAAUGAUUUACGCAUCAAUGAAUUUGGGGGAAAUUCCAUACAGUACUUAGCUCGUGGUCUUAUUACGUCACAAUGGGAUAUCACACCUGCGAUUGGGAGUAUAAACACCUUCUCAAUUUAGCAGACGAUAUUUUCAAGGGAAAAUCAAGACACAAAAGGUUAAACUUUAAUUUUAUAAACAUCCGGGAUAUUGUUUACAAAAAGAAAGAUGCAAAAUUGAAAUAUUGAAAUGACCCUAUUGAAAUAUGCGGGCCAUGCGUUUACAUCCAGUAAUGGAUACGGUCGGCCAAAUGCGUAUACAUCUGGUAAUGAGCUAUGUCGGCCUAUCUCGUAUACAUGCGGUAAAGGGUUAAGUGAUCAUCCUAUGAUUCCAAUCAAGCAAUAAGCCAUAUGAAAAUUGGGUUUCUAAUGUUUUUCAAAAUUGUAGUCUUCGAAGACAAUAUUUGAGCAAACAUUUGUUAUCAACAUUUGUUGAAGGGUUCCAGCUGUCAGUAUCUUAGUUUGAACGUUCCUAAUGACUUGCCACAUCACAUUUUGUAACAAAUCAUUAUUAUUUUCGACACAAAUGCAUUUUACAAAGCAAGAACGAGUCCCAUUAAGAUUAUUGUUAUCAGUAUAAAAGCAAUCUAGCAAAGCCUAAAUAUAUAUAAAAAAUACGGCACUUUCUGUUAUUGGUGAUAUAUUAUAAUGGAAAUAUGUUAUUUAUGAUAAUCUUUUAUCUAAAUAUAAAAGAUGAAGUGUAUUCUACCAUAAGAAAUGUAAAAUGAAAACCCACACACUUUAAUUACUAAAAAAUUAAAGACUGUACAUUCAAAACUUUGCUGUUGUCGUCACUGGCUUUCAAAUCUGUCUGUUUAAAUGUGCGUAGUAUCUUUUUAAAUUUGUGUAUGUUUCUAUGGAAACCCUUCAAAAGCAAGGUGCACAUGAAUGAUAAACAAGGAAAUAAACCAGUAUGGCCUACUUUGAGGAAUUUAAAUAAAAGGUCAAGACUCAGAGGCAUAUGCAUAUUUUUUUUUAAAUCUUUGAAAAGUGCACUAAAUCAUGUUGAUAGUUACUGCCUAAUCACAUAUUAUAACUAUUUUACUGUUUGAUACCGAAAUUGCGGAAUAAAAUACAUUUAAAGUAUAAUAAAUAUUCUGCUUUUAUAUGGGUGCAAACCUUGGCCAGAACAUUCAAUGAAAAAUUAAAAAAAACGGACAACAAAAUCUCACACCCACAUAGACUCCUACACAAACAUGAGGAUAACUAAAAACGUUUAAGGCUUUUGUUGUAUAACGUUAAUAACUCGAUUCAAAAUUGUGGACUUCAAAGACAAUAUUUGAGCAUAUAUUAACAUUUGUUGAAGUGUUCAAGCCAUCAGUUACUUAGUUUCAUCACUCAAUGAUUUGUCACUUUAUUUUGUCAUCCAAAAAAAAGUGCAUUUUACAAAAACAUGAGCAGGUCCCUUUUACUACAGGGAUGUGAUUUGUCCGCGGAUUCGCGGAAUUCCGCGGAUCUAAUGGCCCCAGAGACCCCCCCCCCCCCCCCCAAAAAAAAAAAUAAAAUAAAAAUAAAUAAAUAUUUUUACCUGAAAAAAAAUAUUUGGUUGCUUUCAGUUGUUUUAAGUUAAUAUUCCAGUUUGCUUCAAAUUAAAAGUCAGGAGAGCUUCUAAAAAGCCAUUUUUUCUUCUACAGCAGUGCGCUUUUGACCCAAAGAGCGCCCCUUAAACCCAUGGCCGAAAAUGUUUCAGCCCUCUAGCUGCCAGGUCAAACACAUCCCUGUUUAUAUAUGUGAACACAUCAUCUAAUAUUUCCCUUUUAAAAGAUAACAACGAUAUCGUUUAUCACAUUCAUAACUUCUACAAAGUUCUGAACAAUCAGCCCAGUGAGACUCUCUUAUCAAUGAUUGUAUUAUGCGAUUGCUUUUUGAACUGGUAAAUCUAAGAAGCAAUAUUUAUUAUUUGAAAACAAAUUGUUUUAUUGGUGACACAAUAACACACAGCUAGUUUGAAUUUGCGAAUACUGGUAACACGUUCAAUCGAGUUUAAAAGCUUGAUCAUAUAAUAUUUGAUCGUACAAAAAUUGAUGUUAAAGGGACUAGACACCAUAUGAACCCCAUAAGCGGCAGAGGCUGCGCUAUGUUUCAUUUAAAAUGGUGAAGAAAUAGUGAAGUUCUCUUUGUUUAAAGUCUUUGUUCGAAGCAAAAUAUUGCUUUCCGAUGUAGCAUUCAUGACGAAAUGUAUCACGUGGUAUAGAAACACUUGAUAUGAUAGCAAGAAAAAAAGAAAAUUGUUAAAAACUUGCAUACAAAUUGAUAUCAUUGUGUAGCACACAUUGGAUCUUACUUACUGAUUUAUCAUUUCGCUUACGACACAUGCAUCUUUUGCAGAUUAUUUUCCAAUUCGUAAUUUACUGGGGUUGUCUACCAUUUAAGUCCAAGUUAAUUUAAAAAUAGCAUUGGUAUAUGUAUCUCAGUAUCUGUACUUUUCACUUGACUUUCACAUGUGCUAAUUUUAAACAGGUUAACUCAGGCCUAAAAAAAAAAAUACAUUUGGUUCGGGUUACCCGACCCUACCUACGGAAUAGGCGCCGACCCUACCGUUUUUAUAGUCAGUUUGAAAAAAAAAUGAAAAACUAAAAAAAAAAAAAAAAAAAAUUCGUUUUUUUUUUAAUUGCUUUUUAAUAUUAGUUUAAACCUUAAAUGCUUGUACAGAAGAUGGCUUUAACACCAUUCUCCAAUGAUGAAAAUUAUAUUCUUAUAUUUCUUAUAUAAAACCUAAUAAAAAAAAAAAAAAAAAAAAAAAAUAAAAAGCCUACCUACCCUACCUAUUUUUUUUAAGGAUGUAACCCUAACCAAACAAUUUUUUUUUUAGGCCUCACCUGAGACAGUGACAAAAUAUUAUUUUUAUCAUGUAAAAUGAGGUUUUAUUAGCCUCAUACUAGCUUAUAUUGACAAUUCUAUAGGCUUGUCUUGUGGAAAUAAUGUAUUUGCCAAUUUUGUGAUGAUCUGGUGUCUUGCCCCUUUAAGGUCCCAUUCUUAAUUAAUAUGUCUUAUAUUUAUAUAAUAAUAUCUUAUAUUUUGACUUAAACAUGUUUUUGAUAUUUUUUCAACUUGUAUACCUUUUUUGACUUAUUGAGUUCUGUGAUCUAAUGUACAAUAAAGCCCAAAAAACAGAACUGCACUGGUUAAACUCAAUGUUAUUUAUUUCCUUCAUAUUUCAAGUUGCUAGAUUUUCAAAGUCACAACUUAGGAAUGUAUUGUAAAAAUAGUGAUUAAAUGUUGACAUAAACUAUUUUGAUCUUUUAUAACAA